AUGGAAGAUAAUUAUAAUACUAACUCUAGUUCAUAGCCAAAUGAAAAUCCAUAUCCUAAAUUUGAACCUGAAAACCUAAACGAAUAACCUUAGUUGGAACAACCCCCAUAAUAUGCUUAAACAGAUGACCUGAAUCAGCCAUUGAUAAUGGGUGAAGAUUAACAUGAUAGUGGCUAAUACAUUGAUUAAUUUUUAUUGUACACAAGAUAUCUUAAUAUUGGUGCUGGGUAAAAUAUAGUAAUAAUGAAGAACUUAUGUUGCAAUUGUGGGGUUAUACUUUUUAUUCACUUUGAAAAUAUGGAAUUCCUCAAACUUUUUGAUGUCAUUUUAUACAAUGUUUCUUCCAUUAUUUUAUGUGUAUAAAAAUUCAUAAUGAACAUAUAGGUUUUUUGGAGUAUUACUAAUAUUGGCUGAGUAUUACAAACUAGAAGUGAAUAUCUAUUUUAGAUUUUUGAGAUCUUAUUUGGGAAGAGGAAUAUACAAUAUUUUGUAAUAUAUAUUGUGUAUAUUUUUUUAGCUUGGGCACUUAAUGUGUUAAUCUUUGGGCUAGAUCAAGUGAUUUUUUCAGUUGGAUACUCUUCACUCUUGGUCUAAUCUAUCUAUUUUUACAUAUAAUCCGAUCUAAAAUUGAUUCAGAUGUAAAAUCAAAGCUAUUAGAUUGA